CUACAGUAGUGGUUUGCGCCUCACUCCAGCUGAUCGGCCCAGGAUUCCCCGGUGGCUCUGCCCGUCGCUGGCUUUGACGGCUCCAGUCUUUCAACGCCGAUUUCAGCUGUUAUAAUUAUACCGAGUCAGUGGCCGCUCGUGUCGGCAAACCGCUCCUCGUCCCGGUGAGACGUCGAAGGAUACCGUGGCCGCGGUGUUGAGUCCGUGCUCGGCGAAGCCAGGGGAACCUGGACACAAAUACGAGGCCCUCACUCCGACCCCGGAUUCACCUGCUACGGCGACAGCCUCGCGCGAUAGACCGACAUGGGGGACGCGGGCAGCGAGGGCAGCAAGCCUCCGAGUAACGUCACCGUUGUACCCCCGCGCUGCCACUGUGGUUUCUGGGGAUCAAGCAAAACUAUGAAUCUCUGCUCCAAAUGUUUUUCAGACAUUCAGAAGAAAGAGCCAGACGACGAUUGUGCCCCAAAGGCCUCCUCAAGCUCCAGCAGCAACCAAGCAGACAUCUUCUGCACUGAAACAAACGGCAGCAUUAGUCAGUCGCUGAUGUCGAUGCCUAGCACAUCAGAGGACCCUUCGCCAGCGGGGGAGACGGGAGCGCCAUCUCUACCGGCUCAGGGCGAAGUAUCCAGCACAGACACAGUCUUCAGUUCACUCUCCACACCCACAAAACGCUCCUUUGAGUCAGCCUCUGAGUCGGAAAGCGACGUUUCACCCGAGAAGAGAGCAAGAGUGGGCGACGUCCCUGAGGGUGAAGAGUCUUCAUCGUCAUCUUUGUCUGCAUCAUCAUCAUCGUCCUCGUCCCGCAGUGGCUCUAAGCAGCGGAGCCGCAGACGUUGCCAUCGCUGCCAAAUCAAACUGGAGCUGGUUCAGCAAGAGCUGGGUUCCUGUCGCUGUGGUUACGUCUUCUGUAUGCUCCAUCGGCUUCCAGAGCAACACGAGUGUCUGUUUGACCACCUGGGCCGCGGCCGGCAGGAGGCCGUCCUGAAGAUGGUCAAACUGGACCGCAAGGUGGGCCGCUCAUGCCAGCGCAUCGGAGAGGAGUGUUCCUGAGCAGCUGCUCCCUCAGAAGAGUCUCAGUGUUCAGACGGUGUCUUGGCACCGGCAGGGAUUUGAUUUUUCAUUUUCUUUUCAAGAAUUUUUUUUCAAGUUUUUUGCAGGUUUUUUUUGGAUACAAACCUCCGCCCUUUCUUUUAAAUUAUGCUUGUUCUUUUUAAUUCCCACUGUUACUAUACCUCUAUUGUUUUCCUGCUUCCGUUAGCUUGAUCAUAUCCCUGCUGCUAAGACGCCUUUUGGAAAACCCCAGCCCAGGAACCACAGAACAAUAAAGAGCAAAGGAAAUGUUCAAUUUCUUGACUUUUUUCCUCUACAAGUGUGAGCAGAGUAAGGUGACGAGAAGAAAUAUGCUUUAUACAAAUGUUUGUCCCGGAAGCCAGUGUAAGACUAUACUCUUUACCUCAAAAAAAGAAAACCUAGAUUGACAAGGAGAAGGAGGAGAAAAAAAAAGAUGGUUACCCUUUGUGUACACUUUGGCGCUGUUUAUAGACUGUGCUCUUUACCUCAAAAUCAGACAGAGCGGCUUUGUACUCUGCGCCAAGCAUGGAUUUUGUGAAGCCAACCAAGCAAGUGAGCCUCGGUUUAAGUCAGUGUCUUACCCCCCCCACCCCACCCCCCCCCACUACCCCAUCCAUCCCUUUAGAAACAUCUGUUAAUCAUCCACCUCAAGAUAUCAAAGCCCAAUCUGCAACCAACUUUCUUCUCCUUUCAUCUACAAGACACCUUUUUGCUCCGUUUGUUUUGUCGCACGAUUAUUCCGAAGGGGCUUCUGCUCUGUUAAAUGGGGGGGGGGGGGGAGGAAUCAAGCCGGUGGUCCCUGGAUUGCACACCGAUCCGUCAUAGCAACGCCGCCAUGUGAUUUAUGGAGGCUUCCAAUCGGGACGGACUUUCUCCUGUCUUUCUCUUUCCCGUCUCAGUCUUCAUCGCCCCAGAGCUCCCUCCACGCGCGUUUUUAACAACACGGUGGACCACGUGUGCUAGAUACGUACAGACUUACGGACGACUAACACUUUAGGACUCAACCUGACAGGUUCUGCGUGGUGUACGUCCACACAUCUCCAUACUUUUACAAAUAUGCACUGUGUCACACCUUGUGUUUGUUGUGUGUGUGUGGUUCACAUUGAGCGGGCAGGAUCGGACGCUGCGGUUGAGGUUUGGACUCGGGGCCGAGAUGCCACCAGGGGGUUAAGACACGUGAUGGCUGUUAAGAGUUCAGGUUUCGCAUGAUGUCUUAGGCCUUCAUUUGAAUUCUCCACAUUUAAAAGUAAUUUGAUACGAACUAUUCUUCUGUCAGUAAUAUAAUUUCACUUCUUCCUUUUUAGCCCUCAUGUUUUUAUUUCUAGUUAACACAAAGAGCUCACAUGCGUUCCCUUCCUUUCUUUUACUUAUCUCAUCUUUCGCCAUAUUGAUUGCUCUACUUUUUCCGCACGUCACCCUCUGUCCCCCCCCCCCCUCCCUCUCGCUUGCCGUAGAGGAGGAAAGGGACAGCUCGGGUGAGCAGCGAGAUGAAAGUUAAAAUCAGCAAAUACUUACUUUACAAACGUUUUCCUGGUGGUCUAUGGAAGGAAUGAUCAGAAAAUGCAUAAUAAAUGAAUAUCAUGGAUCUUAAAAAAAAAAAAAAAAACUUUAUUUAA